AUGGAGGAAACUGCUAAAGAUCCCAGCCAAGAGCAAACUUCUUCAGGAAUUCCGUCACAAAAUCUCCCUGCUCAGGAAAAUGCUGAAGGUAAACAAGUAUUAGAUCUAGAAAGAACUAAAGAGAGUACUUCAAUCCCAGUGGAAAAAGCAAAGAUUCCUUUAUCUCCUGAAGAAAUGAUGGAAAGCCUGAUGGAAAAAUCGAUCGAAGAAUUAGUUGAAAUCAAGCUCAGGAAUAUCCAAAGCUUCAAGGAGCUUAAGUUCUGAUAUGAAGGUCUUGAGGACGAGAACGAAGCUUUGAAUAAACUAAAUUCUACAUAUAAGCAACACAUUGGGGAACUUAUCGAAGCUGGAAAAUAUGCUAUAGAUUCUAUGAAUCAUGAAAAGACAGAGAAGUCAAGCUUUUUUAGUAAAUUCAAUUUCCGUAAGAACAAGAAGAAAAAGAAGGGAAACUUCAACACCAUCGGGAAAUCAAUCAAAUUAAGCGAAAAUAUUGGAGAUUUUAAGAGAUCAGAUCCUGCUGUUGGAGCAGGUAUCACUCUAAAAAAUGACAUUAAACAGAAAGAAGCUAUUGAUAAAGCUCUUGGAAUUCAAGGAUAUGUCAAACAAAAGUCCCGACCCACCACAGUUAUCCAAAAUAUUGAAGAUGAAGCGGAAGGAGAAUGAGAACCCCCUCCAACAAAAGAAGAUUUCCAUGCUAAUUUAGAAUCAGAGAAGAACAAUGAAGAGCAAGAAGAGAAGAAAGAUGAGCACCUAGAAAAACCAAAAUCAGAAGAGCAGCCAGAAAAAGAACAACAACAAGAGAACCCAGAACCUGAAGAAAUCCAAGUUGAAGAAGAUGAUAUAGUUCAAGAGGUUCAUGAAGUUUCUGAACCAAAAGAGGAUCACAUAGAAAAUGAAGAACUCCAUGAAGCAAAUAAAAUUGAACUUGAAACAGAGGAAGUUAAAAAAGAAGAAAACCAUAAUGUGAGUAAUGAGAAAGACCUAGAACAAGUAAAAGAGCCAGCCCAAGUUCAAGAGCCGGCUCAAGUUCAAGAACCAGCUCAGGUUCAAGAACCAGCUCAAGUUCAAGAGUCAGCUCAGGUUCAAGAGCCAUCUAAUGAACCUUCUCAAGAUCCACAAGAGGAAGAAAGCGAUAGUUGAAACGAAAUUCCAGCUGUAGCAGAAAGUUCUGAGCCUGACCUUCAGGAUGAAAACUCUGUAGGACAUCCUCCAAAAGACCAUUCAGAUAGCAAGGAUGAGUCCCUACAAGAGUCAGAAGAAGUGAGCGAAAAUGAAGAUCUUAGUAACCUGAGCGGAAACCAAGAUGCUGAAGAAGAGAAGGGUAUAGAAGGACUUAUAGAAGUAGCAAGAGAUAAUCAUGAAGAACCUCACCAAGACUCAGAUCAGGAUGACUACAGAAGUGAAGAAAGUUACGGAAGCGAAGAAGGAGAGCAAGAUGAUAAUGGACAUCAAGAUAAAUCUCCGCCAGAGAAAUAGAGAU